AGGGAGUAGGUGACCUUCUCCUGCUCCUGUGUUCUUGUCUACAAAACUUCAGUUUGUCCAUGUUUAAGACCACGCUGUGUUCAUUGCAUCGAUGAAGAAAAACUUCAGGUGUGAUGGGCUCAAGUUGCUUCUUCGAAUGUGUCUCCAAACCCAAAUGUUAUAAAAUCACCUCUAACCCCUCCAGCCCUUCCACCAUCUUGUAUUGGAAGAUUUCUGAUUCUGAGCUGAUCCUAAAUGAAAUACAUUUCUGGCAAUAUUGGCCAUAAGUCCACAAGCAGUCAUUCUCCAGAGACAUCGCUAUCUCCCAUUGACACCAUGAAUUCUCUAUCCAACUUUGAAUCUGAAAUAGACCACGAUGGACAGGGGAAUUAUUCUCUUUUCCCAGCCCUCGAUAAUGUGACAAUUUUGUCUGGAACCAGUGAAGCGUUGGAAAGUGAACCAACAACAGAUGUGAGUGACAAGCCAAACAUGACAUGGUUGGAUGCUGCGCAGAUUGUUCUGGAAGAGGCUGGGAGGCCAUUGCAUAUCAAGGAAAUCAAGCAGAGGAUACUGGAUCGAGGACUGGUGCAGUCGAACUCCAAAUCGAGCCUCGAAGCCGUUCUGUACCGAGAGACUCAGAAAGGCAGCAGACGAUUCAAGAGACUGGAGAACAGGAAUGGGGUCUUUGCUCUGUUGACGGAGAAAGAACGGCAGCAACUCCUCCAGACCUACCCGACACAGCCCUUCCUCGUGCCAGUGACUCACCCACCUGAGUAUCCGAAUCCUCAGUUAAUGGACCAUCUCUCCAACUUCCCUUCCCCGGCCAUAUUCCAGGAGUCAAAACCCAAACUGAAGAAGGUUUUGAAGAAGACCCUGAAUGAAAAGUAUAAGAUUAAGUACCUCAGACUGCGGAAAACUGUGAAAGCUCUGAUUUUUGAGAAUGCAGCUCUCUGUGAUGAAAUUGCUUACAUUGAGCAGAAAUUCAUCCAAACUAAAGAGGAAAGACGGUUCCUAUUAAAGAGGCUAUUGCAGCACCAGAACUUAACUGAAGGGGCUGACCUUGCAGGACCCACCAGCGGUGUGCUUACCUCUCCCAUGUACAAUGUCCCUGGAGGAACCAACCAAGUGCCAGGAGUGUCAAACCUCCCCACAACACCGGUUACCAGUACUUCAGUUGGAGAGGAGGCACUGGGGAAAAAGUCCAAGAAAGACAAAAGAGAUAAAGAAAAAGAUAAUGGCAAAGAUGAUGGUAUGAGAAAAGUAUCGAAGAAGAAGCGAACUAGGGAUAGGAGCACACGGAAACCCAUCCAGCCCAUUCCUCUGGACUCCUGCGGCAGACCAAUCUUUCCAAUUGUGCUUGGAGGACUGACUAUUUACAGUUUAGGAGAGAUAAUUGCCGAUCGCUCAGGUUUUUGUGAUGAGACUGCGAUCUAUCCCGUGGGGUUUUGCAGCACCCGAGUCUAUGCCAGUAUGAAGAACCCCAACCACAAGUGUCUCUACACCUGUCAGAUCAAAGAUGGUGGAAGCGGACCACAGUUUGAGAUUACGCCUGAAGUUGACCCUCAGAAUGCACUUGUUGCCACCUCUGCUUCAGCCUGUCACGCCAGCCUGCUGAAAGCCAUUGCCAUGGCCCGAGGAAAGCCGUUCAUCAACGUGCUGCCAUCUGGGGCAGAUUUCUUUGGUUUCUCUCACCCCACCAUCCAGAACCUGAUUCAGAGCUGCCCUGGUGCCAGGAAGUGUGUCUGUUAUCGUUGGGUCAGAUUUGAGGUGUGUCGGCCUGGAGAUGGACAGGUACCACGCGGGCUCCCAGAAGAUGAUGCUUCAAUGAAUUUCGAAGCCCUGAGACAGCAGGUCUUUGAGGAGGGUGUGAACAAUCAGCCCAUAUCAGAGCAAGCGUCUUCAGAUGAGGAGGAUGGCAUCCCGAUUGGAUCCAGAUGUAAACCCAGAGUGCCUGCAUUAAUGCCCACACAUGAACUGCAAAGUGCAGACACGCCUGCCCUUGGGCUGCACACCUCAGGCAGCUCAAGUCUUCAGUUAGCACCAGCACUGCAGCCCUCACCCUCUCAUACUCCAGGUACCCAUCAAUCCUUGCAUUCUUCAAGCACGUUAUCAGAGCCAAUAUUGCGAGGUACAUCUUCACUGGACUUAAGUAGGAGUCUCGCUUCCCAGCUGCCUGUUUUAGCAUGGAUACCACCCCCACAGAUUACCUCCUCGCAACAGCACAGAUCAGCAUUCACCUCUCCCAAACUGGCUGAGUGAGGGGACUCUCCGGCCCAAUGUGGCGAAUGGAGGUGGCUGGGUGUCUGCUGGGAAUGUGCAGCUACCUCGAGCAAGAUGUGAUAUUGAUGUUCUACACAUGAACUGAUUUAAAUAGGUGAUAAAGUUUUACAGUUUUCAAACCCUCA